CCCCCACCUCUCCCCUUUAUAAAUAGACUUGCCUCUCCCCACACCAAAUCCACAACACCAUCUCACACGCAUAUCCAUAUCUCGAUAAAACUCUCUCGUAUUUUUAAAAUGGCUGCGAAGGGGAAGACCGGCGGCGUUAAGGGAGGCAACGGGAAGCCCAACGGCGUCAACAAGGAGGACAUUGCGCAUUACAGGGGGGUGAGGAGGAGGCCGUGGGGCCGGUACGCGGCGGAGAUCCGGGACCCCACGAAGAAGAGCCGCGUGUGGCUGGGCACCUUCGACACCGCGGAGGCGGCCGCCAGGGCUUACGACGCCGCCGCCGUCGAGUUCCGCGGACCCAAGGCCAAGACUAAUUUCCCGUACCCCUCGGAACCCCUUGCCCCCGACAACCACAGCCCCAGCCAGAGCAGCACCGUGGAGUCGUCCAGCCACGGCGGGGCAUCCCACGCGCCGGUCGAGCUCGACCUCACGCGCCGCUUCGGUUGCGGCGGAGGAGGUGGGGGUUCAAGUGGUGGCGUAUCUGUCGCUGGGUAUCCGGUUUUUUACAACCCGGCGGCGGCGGCGGGGGUUGGGAUGGCGGUCGUGCCCCAGGCGCAUCACGCGUUGUACUUUGACGCGCUGAUGCGGUCGGGGAUGGUGGGCAGGGGAAUAUCGUACCACCACCACCGUGUCGCCGCCGAGUUGGAGGGCGGAGUCGGAGGGGGAGCGCAGAGUGAGUCGGACUCGUCCUCUGUUGUCGACUGUAACCCGCGCGAGGGCAAUCGCGGAGGUGUUUUAGAUCUUGAUCUUAAUUUUCCCCCACCGAUGGAAGCUUGACCACUGAUAACAUAUCAACGUAGAUAUAUAUAUAUAUACAUAUAAGGCUAAUAAACAUUAUUAUAGGUUGGCUUAUAUGUAACAUGUUUAUUUGUUUUUCUUUUUGCAACUUAUUAAGGGAUUAAGUUGUUAAGUACUCCUUGUUAGUCCUUAAUUGAAUGGGUUAACUUUAACUGUAAUCGCUCUCACUUUGCUAUUGUUUUUUGUUGUAAUAAUUUCAAAAGCAUUCGUUGACCA